GGUUAACGAGUUGAUGAGGCCAGGAAGGCUCCGCUUACUUUCCACGAAAUCAGCCUUAAUUUACUUUUGCGGACGCAAAGGGGAAAUGGGAUUAAAGUAAGGCUACUUAAUUUCAAGCCCUGCAGAGAGGGGAGACAGAGAGAGAGAGAUCGAAAGGGAAGCAUGCUACUGAAGAAGCUGAAUAUUGCUGCUACUCUUGUAGAUCAUCGCCGGAGAAAAAGAGAAGAAGAGAGAGAGAGAAAGAGAGCAUUUCUAGAAAAUGGAGGGCUUGUAUUGGAGAAGCUGGUUGCCUCUUGUAAUGGCAGGCCUAUUCCCAUCCGUACCUUCUCUUAUCAACAGCUCAUCUUGGCAACCAAUAACUUUGAUCAUCGUUUUAUUCUAUAUGAGUCAUGCGCCGAAAGGAUUUAUAAAAUGUACAAGGGUUCUUUUGAAGGCCGAAUACUUUCCAUUAAGGUGUAUGAUGAACGUGAUUCAUUUGCCAAGGACUUGGCCCUAAUGGAUAUAGGUAUUUCUGCAAAGGCGAGCGCUCACAAAAAUAUUCUAAAAUUGGUAGGAUGCUGUCUCGAGACUUCAAUUCCGAGUUUAGUGUUUGAAUAUGCUCAAAAUGGAGUCCUUGCCGAUCAAAUUUAUAUCUCUAAACGACAAGGUACGCCCAUGUUGUGGCAAAGCAGGUUAAAGAUUGCAAGACAGAUUGCUCAUGCAAUUGCGUAUCUCCACACUGGCUUCUCCAGACCCAUCAUCCAUAGAGAUAUAAGACAGAAAAAUAUCUUAUUAGACCAGCAUGAUGUUCCCAAACUCUCAGAUUUUUCACUUUCUAUUUCAAUUCCCGAGGGUGAAACUCACGUGGUAACUGAUAUCCUGAUCGGGACUAUGGGUUUCAUGUGCCCUAGCUAUAUUGAUACACUCAUGGUAACAGAGAAAACUGAUGUCUUUAGCUUCGGUAUGGUUCUAUUAAGGCUUUUAAUUGGACAACAUCCAUUUGAUUAUCUUCACAGAUCAGAAGAUGAAUAUCAACCUUUGAAAGUUCACUUGAGUAACCAUGCUAUGAAUGAGAUUGUGGAUCCUGCAAUCCUAGCAGAGGAAGGAGGAGCUGGUUUGGAGCAGCAAUUGCAAGCUGUGCGGCAGCUUGGUCUCACAUGCAUAGAGGACGAUCCAGAGAUAAGGCCGACAAUGGUGGAUGUUACGAAAGAACUCAGGCGGAUUGAGAGGUCCAUCGCAUGAUUCUUUUCUCACUUGAUUAGUUGAUUUUAUGAUUGAUUUUAAGCCUGUUUCACUUGAAAUUUAAGUCUGUGUACCAUUGACAUCUUCAUUCUGUCUGAGUUUAACUUGAAUCUAGUUGAUUCCGUUUUUGUAAUUUUCAAUUCUCUCUAUCUUUUUAAAAGAAGAAAAACAAAAGUUAAUUAUGCUGUUGAA